CAAAGAAUCAGUGUGAGUGCGAGUUUCUUUUCACCUAUUUGAUCGCGCUAACGUUAACUAUGAUUUGCAUGGGAUAGGCACGGGUAAAUUCACACUAGGAAAUUCACACAAUUCAUACUCUGGUAUGUAUUGUAUGAGCCAUGUUAUGCAAUAACCUGUUAACCCACAAAAAUAUGAAUUUUAAGUUAACGCCAUCUAGCUUUUGUAGGCUGUCUCCUGAACCCUUCAAAAAAUGUUGAGGCAUGUACUAAAUUUAUAAAAACGCCAUCUACCAAAAAUAUGUUCCUGCAGUUUGCGGAACUAGUCUUCAACAAUUUUGCAAUAAUCGAUUACAAACCUGUCACGACACGCGCGCUUUUCUUCUGCGACAAUUACUUUUAAAAUUUUGUUUUCAAUAAGGGGCCUUUCAGUGAAAUUUUAUGUAAGUGUAGUAUUGUGUAAUAUUCAUGAAACUGUGGGUUGUGUGAAUUUCAUCAUUUUACAAGAGUUUUUAAGUACCUACUUGUUGCAACAAGGCACAAGGUAUAUAACAUGAACUCUAGGGCACAGAAGCUUGUCGCGAUGGCUCGUGACGAGCAUUUAUGUAAUAAAAACGAUGAAAAAGAAGAAUCUGAAGAAGAAGAAUCUUCCUACAAUGGAGCCGUAACAACUUUAGCACAGUUGAAACAGGAUUUACAUCUUAAGCGUCAUAAUACUGCUUCACGUUCGUUAACUUAUAAACAUUUUGAGCGUGACUUAAGCUAUAAUGAUUUAAAUGUAAGUAAUAUAGAAGAGUCUAUAGAUACUUCUCAGUUAAUACAUCUGGAUGAUUUAGACAUUGUUCCUAACAACCUUUCUAGUAUGUUUAAUGAUUACGAUGACGAAGGAAACGAAAUUAUCGCGGAAAUAGAAGUAGUAACUUCUAAUACUGAUAACGUUGUUCAAGAUUCCAUAGAUAUGUCUGCAACACAACUGACUGAAAAUGAUAAUCAAUCGAACAUUUUAAACUGUAUCGAACAACCACAACCAAUUCGUGAGAAUGUGCAGCAAUUGGAGAGAAAUAAUAUCGGUAGACCCAAGCGCGGAAGAAAAAGAAAAGUAGAAGACCAGCCUAGAAAAGAGCGAAAACGAAGAGCCAAUGUAAACGAAAAGUAUAUCAGUGCGAAAGGAAAAGAAGUAUUACCAAAAGAAUUCGACAGUACAUACCAUUGUGAUUGCAAAAAGAAAUGCACAACGAUCUUGUCAGUUGAUAGCCGGAAACAAGUAUUUGAUCAAUUUUGGUCUCUUGGGUCAUUCGAAGGUCGAUGUGCUUUCAUUUGUGGUAAAGUAACACAAACUCAUAAAGCUAGGACGUAUACUUCGUCAAAUUCAAAGAGAAUAUAUUCACGAAAAUAUAUGCUUUGUGAUACCGAAAUAUGCAAACAAACGUUUUUGAAAACCUUAGGUAUUUGUCAAAGUAGAAUCGAUGUAGCGAUGCAGAAAAAUAAUAGAUCAUCUAAUUUCAAAGACAAUAGAGGAACAGCUAGUGGUGGCAAAAAUAAAAUCAAUGAAGAUGACAUUAAUCUAAUAGUGGGCCAUAUUGAUUCGUUUCCCAAAUAUAUUAGCCAUUAUUGUAGAGGUAAGACUGAUAGUCGUUAUUUGAAUACUGAACUCAACCUAUUAAAAAUGUACGAUUUAUUCAAAGCUAAAUAUCCGACAAAUGAAAACCUACCGAGUCUUGCAACUUAUAAGAAAAUAUUUUAUGAAAAAUUUAACCUCAGAUUUAAAGCCCCAAAAAGUGACACAUGUAAAACUUGUGACACUUUUGCAGCUAACAUAAAAUCAUUAACAGGCACAGAAGCUGAAGAAGCUAAAAAGCAACGAGAUUUGCAUAUUAAUAAAGCAUCAGAGCUUAGAAAGCAAAUGAAUGCAGAUCUGAAUUUGGCGUCAGAGAAAAAUACUGUAGAAACACUUACUUUUGAUAUGCAAAAAACCCAUCCUCUUCCAAAAAUACCUACUAAUAUAGCUUAUUACAAACGGCAGCUAAAUUUGUAUAAUUUAGGGAUUUAUAUAGGAAGUAGCAAACGCUCAAUUUUUAACUUAUGGCUUGAACAUGAAGGUGGAAAGGGUACUCAAGAAGUUGGAUCCUGCUUGCGAAAGUACAUUUUGAAUAACAUAAAAUCCCCAGUAACAGAUCUAAUCUUAUGGGCAGAUUCAUGUGGAGGCCAAAAUCGUAGUAUUAAGUUAGUUCUUAUGUUAAUACAUACCAUGCAACAUCACACAUCUUUACAAUCGAUUACAUUGCGGUUUCUUUUGUCAGGGCAUAGCUUCCUACCAAAUGAUGCCAAUUUUGGUGUUAUAGAAUCUCAGUUGAAAACGCAACAAAGGCUUUACACUCUAGAAGAUUAUGCAGAAAGUAUUCAGAAGUCAAAGAAGAAUAAGAAGUUUGAGGUUUCGAGAAUGAUACCCUCCGAUAUGCUCUCUGUCAGGCCACUAGAACAGGCUAUAACAAAUAGAAAAGUUGACAGUGCCAAAAACAAAGUUAAUUGGUUGAAACUGCAUGAGAUAGUGAUAGAAAAACCAUUUCCCUAUAUUUUGAAAGUCAAAACUGAUAUUGCGCAAGAAGAUGCUCAGAUAGUUAAUCUUGAGAAGGCAGGGAAAGGCCGUAAGCCUGUGCUAAAGAAUAUUAAUUUGCCCGAAUGCUGGCCAAAUGGAAAGUCUUUGAGCGUAGAAAAAUUAAGAGAUCUAAAAGACUUAAUGAAACUGAUACCGAGAGACGCUAAACCAUUUUAUAAUUUCUUAAAACAUACUCCAGGUGUUUCUAUUGAUGAAGAUAUAGAUGGAUAUCAUGUUGAAGAUAUUGAACAGCUAUCAGAGGAUGGAGAAGACUGAUUUCUUAUUUUUGAUUAAUUAUUUACCGCUGUGAUUUCUUAUCGAUCUCAAUUUUGUUGAUUUUUUCAAGUUUAUAAUUAUGUUCGUAAGUUUGCUGCAUUUUUUGUUACCUUGUUCUACUUGUUCCACUGUUGGAAAAACGUCUCCCCCAUUUUCUCAAUGAUUUUUAUUAAUUAACAAUAAUAUGUCAAGGACUUGCAAAACAUUUUAGCACUUAAAAAUGCUCUGGUAAAAUUUUGCAAUAAACUAUUUGGGCUUAUAUGUUUAUUUCAAAAAUCUUAAUAUCUUGAUUGUAAUUUCGCAAUAAACAAUUCAUCAUUAUUUCAUUUAUUUUAAUUUUCCCUGUAACUCUCACUCUAUUAAGCUGUGUUUGAAUCACUAGAACACAUGAUGACCUAUUUAAUAAGUUUUGGAUAAAACCAGAAUAGCUUAUGAGUAUUUUUUGUAGCUGUUAAUUUCUUUGAGCUGAGAUUUCUCCGGUUUAGGUUUUUUAGGAUUGACACGUUAUUGCAUAACAUAGCUCGUACACU